AUGGCGUACAUUGGAUAUAAAAUGGAAGACGGAAAAAAGGUCUAUAAAUUAUACGACCAAAACAUAAAGUCAGACAUUCUCCCAGGGCAUCCUGCCAGAUUCUCACCAGAUGACAAGUUCUCCCAGGAGCGCAUCCAAUUAAAAUUAGACCAUAAGUUAUUGCCUCUUUAA